AUGGCUUUCCUGGGGCUCUUCUCCAAGCGGGACAAGCACAGAGCCCACGAUGUGGCCUCCUCCACCGCCGCCUCCGACGUCGACCCCAGUGAGCCCGACUAUGUCCUCCCCCCUUCCUCGCCAUCCGCCUCCUUCUACAACGGCCCGCCUGGGGCAUCAUCCUCGAAGCUUCGGCUUGGCUUCAAAUCCAAGAAGCCUGCGCCGCCGCCCAAGACCCCCAGCAACGACUUGCUCUCGCCCCCAUCCUCCGCAUACUUCAGCAUCCGCUCGGAGUCCGUGACCGACCUCAGCCCGCCCCCGUCACGCUCUGCAGUCUUCUCCGGCUACGGAGACCCCGGCAGCGCGCAUUCAACAAGGUCCCUUCCCACCCACCCAUCACGCAACGCGCAUACAGGCACCAAGCAGCCCACUGAUCUUAGCCACGGCUCGCCUGCAGCGACGCCCCAGAAGAGCGCCAAGGGUGGGUUUUUCUCCUGGGCGAACCGCGAGCGCAAAAAGUCGAAGCCUUCCGUUCCAUCCUCAUCGCUGCGGGACACCUCCGCCGACUCCGACUCCUUCAACCUCCGCUCCUUCCGUCACGUCCUCCCCGAGUCCCCCAACGAGCCUCAGCCCUUCAUGAUGCCCCCCGUACGCCCACGACCGCGCGAGAACAGCUUCGCGUCCGACUCGUCGCAGCGCAUAUCCGUCGCCGCCUUCCGAGAGGCGCAGGCCCGGCGCAGCACCGCCGCCUCACCCGUACCCUCAUUCUCGCACGACGCCAACGGCCUCCGUCCUCCGUCGACCUUCGACCUACGCAACUCGAGGAGCGUCAGCGGAGACAGCGACUCUGACGAGGAGUCCGGGAGGCGGCGCAAAACCGGGAGGCAAGCGUCAGCACCUUCCGGGGUCAGUCCAGGCAAGAAGGCCGCGUCCGAGCUCGGUCACAAGGCAAUGCGUCCCAACCCGGAUCUUAUGCCCCGCAUGGCGCCCUCUGCUUCGGCGAAUGCGGCAUUCACGUCGACGAGAGCAGGCUCCCAGCCGACUUCCUCCUCGGCCGCGAGAGCCCGUGCGUCGGCGUCGACUUCUGCGUUGCAACCCAACGCGGCCGCGCACCGGGCUUCGGUGCGGCUCAAUCAACAGCAGCGUCCGCAGCCCCAGCCCCAGCAGCGCGUGCCAACGCAGCCUCGCAGCCAACCUGCCUCUGCGACAAAGGCUCCUUCCGUGAAAGCGCGUUCGAUAUUCCGACAAUCCUCCUCGUCUUCAUCCUCGAGCUCUUCGUCGUCCGACUCGGACGAUGCACCGCUUGCGACUCUCGUUGGGCCCAGGCGACCAGGAAGUGCAGCCUCUUCGGCGCGCUCUGCGUCCCGCCCGAGAGCCCCUGCCAAGCCGCUUAUUGACUUGUCUGGUGUUUCUCCCCCGGUUCCCUUUGCGGAAGAGAAGCCACCGGUUCCCAUGAAGGAGCCUUCGUCGCCACCACCCACACGACCCACCCACGUGUCGAAACCAAGCUUGAACGACCGCCUCAACCGUCUGGCCAAAGGGGACGAAGACAAGAGUUCCCUGAAGGCCCGCAAGACUCCGACACGAAGCCAAACGCAACCCCUCGAGGCGCCCUCCUCACCACUCCCUUCGCUUGCGUCCAUCCGCAGACCCAACCCCCGAUCGAUGUCUUCGCCUAAUGCCACUUUCGACGACGCCCAGCCUUCGCCAACUGAUGCUCAUAUCGUUCCGACGCGCAUUGGUGCGCGGACGCCGCCCCCUUCGUUCGCCAUCACCUCCCGUCCACCAUCGUCUUUCUCGCAGUACGGCACGCCUGGCGCCAGGUCAUCCGAGGAGACGGUGCGGGUUGGCGGACAACAUGCGUCGACCCUCGGCCUCACGGGCGGUGGGCUACUUGCCGGGGGUUCGCCCUCAAAUGGAGCCUCACCCUCGACCGGUCCUGUUCUCUCGAGCGCGACACCCUCAGUAUCCCCUCUGCCCUCUCCACUGCCAAUACCCCCUCCACGCCUCGUCAAAUCCUCCGUCUCGCCCGCCACCUCUCGCUCCAUCCUUUUGUCAAGCUCCGCCUCCAAGGCGUCAACACAGCCGUCGCCCGUCGAGAGCUCGCGCUCGCGCCCGUCGCCUGCGUCGUCGACGUCGAAUGUGGCCCGGCCGAAGCCGUUCGCAGGGCCACUGCGCGGAUACAGCCCGGCAAGCUCCACCGGGGACUCGAGCAGCGGCCGCACGCCAAUCACGCCCGUCGACGGCAGCGACAUCAGCAGCGCGCCGUCCGAGAAGCGACCCAGCCACCGCAAGCGCGCGAGCGUCACGUUCGAGGACAACCGCGUGCGGAAGGACAACGAGCUGGCGUCGGACUCGGACGAGACGCGGCGGAGGGAGCGGCGGCGGAGCGAGGCUAAGGCGGCGAUCGAGCUCGGACGCAUCGUCAACGGCAAGGCUCCCAUCACGAGGGACGACGACGUCGUCGCGCUCGGCGGCGUGAACCCCCGCGUGUCCAUGUUCAACUCCCUCAUGGCGGGCGCGCCCAUGAAUAUGAACGCCAUGAACGUCACUCCCCCAACGCCCAUGUCGUGGGCCCCACAAACUCCUCCUGGCGCCAUGAACCCCAUGUUCUCCGGCCCUCCCCCCGGCUCGGAUCCGAUGAUGAUCGCCGCGCACCAGCAGGCGAUGUUCGUCGCGAAGCAGGCAUUCCAGAUGGCGAUCGCGCAGCAAGCGCUCGCCGCUGCGAACGACGAGUGGGAACGCAACUCGACCGCGACGAGCGUGUAUGGGGGGCCGACGAGCAUCAACCCGGCGAUGAUGAACAUGGGCAUGGGCAUGAACAUGAACAUGAACAUGGGGAUGAUGCCGUGGCAGAUGCCGAUGCAGAUGCCGAUGUUCCCGAGCUCGCAGUCGAUGUACGCCGCGAGCGUCGUCGGCGGCAGCGAGAUCGGCGGGCCGACGUCGCGCGGCAUGGGCUGGGGCUCGCGCACCGCGUACGGCGAGCAAGGCUCGUACACGGGCUCCGCCGCGGAGCGCGCGUCGAUGGUGUUCCGCAACUCGCAGAUGUUCGGGCCCGGGAUGGCGCCGAUGCCGAUGGGCGGUGGGAUGGGCAACGUGGGUGGGGGCCACUCCGGCGCGCGGAGCGAGGUCGGGGGCCCGACGUCGUCCGGAAGGGGGCAGCGGCCGCGGAUGAAGUCGAGCCCGUCGGACCCGUCGGCGCCCUCGCCGUCAAGACGGGGUGGGCCGCCGCCGUCGAGCUGGAGUGCGCGUGGGGGCAGGCCCGCGUGA